UAUGCUUCUUUUUCAGUAUCAGAUAUAGAAGGUGGUGAUGGACUGCAGCUCAGAAAGGAACAUACUCUCAAAAUAUUUGCUUAUAUCAAUUCCUGGACUCAGAGGCAAUGUCUGUGCUGCUUCAAGGAAUAUAAGCAUUUGGAGAUUUUUAACCAAGUAGUGUGUGCACUUAUUAACUUAGUGAUUGCCCAAGUUCAAGUGCUCCGGGACCAGCUUUGUAAACAUUGUACUACCGUUAACAUAGAUUCCACGUGGCAAGAUGAGAGUAAUCAAGCAGAAGAACCACUGAGUAUAGAUAGAGAAUGUAAUGAAGGAAAUGCAGAAAGACAAAAAUCAAUAGAAAAAAAAUCAAACUCUACAAGAAUUUGUAAUCUGUCUGAGGAAGAAUCUUCAAAGAGUUCUGAUCCUUUUAGUUUAUGGAGUACAGAUGAGAAGGAAAAACUAUUACUGUGUGUAGCAAAAAUUUUUCAAAUUCAGUUUCCCUUAUAUACUGCUUACAAGCAUAAUACUCAUCCUACUAUAGAGGAUAUAUCGACGCAAGAAAGUAACAUAUUAGGGGCAUUCUGUGAUAUGAAUGAUGUAGAAGUACCCUUGCAUUUGCUUCGUUAUGUCUGUCUGUUUUGUGGGAAAAAUGGCCUUUCUCUUAUGAAAGAUUGUUUUGAAUAUGGAACUCCUGAAACUUUGCCGUUUCUUAUAGCACAUGCAUUUAUUACAGUUGUUUCUAAUAUUAGGAUAUGGCUACAUAUCCCUGCUGUCAUGCAGCAUAUUAUACCUUUUAGAACGUAUGUUAUCAGGUAUUUAUGCAAGCUCUCUGAUCAGGAGUUACGACAGAGUGCAGCUCGUAACAUGGCUGACUUAAUGUGGAGUACAGUGAAAGAGCCAUUGGAUACAACACUAUGCUUUGAUAAAGAAAGCCUGGAUCUUGCUUUUAAGUACUUUAUGUCACCAACUUUGACCAUGAGGUUGGCUGGAUUGAGUCAGAUAACAAAUCAGCUUCAUACUUUCAAUGAUGUGUGCAAUAACGAAUCAUUGGUAUCAGACACAGAAACGUCCAUUGCAAAGGAACUUGCUGACUGGCUUAUUAGCAACAAUGUAGUGGAGCAUAUAUUUGGACCAAAUUUACAUAUUGAGAUUAUUAAGCAGUGCCAAGUGAUUUUGAAUUUCUUGGCAGCAGAAGGACGAUUGAGUACUCAGCAUAUUGACUGCAUUUGGGCUGCAGCACAGCUGAAGCACUGUAGUCGAUAUAUUCAUGACUUAUUUCCCUCACUCAUCAAGAAUCUGGAUCCUGUACCACUUAGACAUUUACUUAAUCUGGUCUCAGCUCUUGAGCCAAGUGUUCAUACUGAACAGACACUUUACUUGGCAUCCAUGUUAAUUAAAGCUUUGUGGAAUAAUGCACUUGCAGCUAAGGCCCAACUAUCUAAACAGAGUUCGUUUGCAUCUUUAUUAAACACUAAUGUGCCCAUUGGAAAUAAAAAAGAAGAAGAAGAGCUGAGAAGAGCAGCUCCUUCACCUUGGUCUCCUGCAGCAAGUCCUCAAAGUAGUGACAACAGUGAUACACAUCAGAGUGGAGCCAGUGACAUUGAAAUGGAUGAGCAGCUUAUUAAUAGAACCAAACAUGUGCAGCAGCGACUCUCUGACACAGAGGAAUCCAUGCAAGGAAGUUCUGAUGAAACUGCUAACAGUGGUGAAGAUGGAAGCAGUGGUCCUGGUAGCAGUAGUGGGCACAGUGAUGGAUCUAGCAAUGAAGUCAAUUCAAGCCAUGCAAGCCAGUCAGCUGGCAGCCCUGGAAGUGAGGUGCAAUCAGAAGACAUUGCAGACAUUGAAGCCCUUAAAGAAGAAGAUGAUGAUGAUGAUCAUGGUCACAAUCCUCCCAAAAAUAGUUGUGGUACAGAACUUCGAAAUAGAAAGUUAGAAAAUCAAGCGGGCAUUUGCUUGGGGGAAUCCCAAGGCACAUCUGAAAGAAAUGGGACAAGCAGUGGAACAGGAAAGGACCUGGUUUUUAAUACUGAGUCAUUGCCAUCUGUAGAUAAUCGAAUACGAAUGCUAGAUGCCUGUGCUCACCCUGAAGACCCAGAGCAUGAUAUUUCAGCGGAAAUGAGUUCUGCUCACAUAGCACAAGGUUCUCAGGAGUCUUGUAUCACACGAAGCGGGGACUUCCUUGGGGAGACUAUUGGGAAUGAAUUGUUUAAUUGUCGGCAGUUUAUUGGUCCACAGCACCACCACCACCACCACCACCACCACCACCAUCACCACCACCACCACCACCACCACCACCACCAUCAUGAUGGACAUAUGGUUGAUGAUAUGCUAAGUGCAGAUGAUGUCAGUUGCAGUAGCUCGCAGGUCAGUGCAAAAUCAGAAAAAAAUAUGGCUGAUUUUGAUGGUGAAGAGUCUGGAUGUGAAGAGGAACUAGUUCAGAUAAAUUCACAUGCAGAACUAACAUCUCAUCUCCAACAACAUCUUCCCAAUUUAGCAUCUAUUUAUCAUGAACAUCUUAGUCAAGGACCCGCAGUCCAUAAGCAUCAGUUCAACAGUAAUGCUGUGACAGACAUUAAUUUGGAUAAUGUCUGCAAGAAAGGAAACACUUUAUUAUGGGAUAUAGUGCAAGAUGAUGAUGCAGUUAAUCUUUCUGAAGGAUUAAUAAAUGAGGCAGAGAAACUUCUUUGUUCCUUGGUUUGUUGGUUUACAGAUAGGCAGAUUCGAAUGAGAUUCAUUGAAGGCUGCCUUGAGAAUUUAGGAAACAACAGAUCAGUAGUGAUUUCUCUUCGUCUUCUUCCAAAACUGUUUGGUACUUUUCAGCAGUUUGGUAGCAGUUAUGAUACACAUUGGAUUACAAUGUGGGCAGAAAAAGAACUGAACAUGAUGAAGCUUUUCUUUGACAAUCUGGUGUAUUACAUUCAAGGUAUAAGAGAAGGAAGACAAAAGCAUGCGUUGUACAGCCAUAGUGCCGAAGUUCAAGUUCGACUUCAGUUCCUAACUUGUGUGUUUUCAACUCUGGGAUCACCUGAUCAUUUCAGGCUAAGUUUAGAGCAAGUCGACAUUUUAUGGCAUUGUUUAGUAGAAGAUUCUGAGUGCUAUGAUGAUGCACUUCAUUGGUUUUUAAAUCAAGUUCGAAGUAAAGAUCAACAUGCAAUGGGAAUGGAAACCUAUAAACAUCUUUUCCUGGAGAAGCGGCUCACACUCUGAGCUGUGUGGUAUGGACCAGUUUUGGGGCAUUGCAUUAAGAGCACAAUCAGGUGAUGUCAGUCGAGCAGCUAUUCAAUAUAUUAACUCCUACUACAUUAAUGGUAAAACGGGUUUGGAAAAGGAGCAAGAAUUUAUUAGCAAGUGCAUGGAAAGUCUUAUGAUAGCUUCCAGCAGUCUUGAACAGGAAUCACACUCAAGUCUGACAGUUAUAGAGAGAGGACUGCUUAUGCUGAAGACACAUCUGGAAGCAUUUAGGAGAAGAUUUGCAUAUCAUCUGAGACAGUGGCAAAUUGAGGGCACUGGUAUUAGUAGUCAUUUGAAAGCACUGAGUGACAAACAGUCUUUGCCUCUAAGGGUUGUAUGUCAGCCUGCUGGACUUCCUGACAAGAUGACUAUUGAAAUGUAUCCUAGUGACCAGGUAGCAGAUCUUAGGGCUGAAGUAACUCAUUGGUAUGAAAACUUACAGAAAGAACAAAUAAAUCAGCAAGCUCAGCUUCAGGAGUUUGGUCAAAGCAGCAGAAAAGGAGAGUUUCCUGGCAGCCUCAUGGGGCCUGUUAGGAUGAUCUCAUCUGGACAUGAAUUAACAACAGACUAUGAUGAAAAAGCACUUCAUGAGCUUGGUUUUAAAGAUAUGCAGAUGGUAUUUGUAUCUUUGGGUGCACCAAGGAGAGAACGAAAAGGAGAAGGUGUUCAACUGCCUGCAUCUUGCCUCCCACCACCUCAAAAGGACAACAUUCCGAUGCUUUUGCUAUUACAAGAACCUCAUUUAACCACUCUCUUUGAUUUACUAGAAAUGCUUGCUUCAUUUAAACCACCGUCAGGAAAAGUGGCCGUGGAUGACAGUGAGAGUUUAAAAUGUGAAGAACUUCAUCUUCAUGCAGAAAAUCUGUCAAGGCGUGUGUGGGAGUUACUGAUGCUUCUUCCUACAUGUCCAAACAUGUUGAUGGCAUUCCAGAAUAUUUCAGAUGAACAGAGCAACGAUGGACUUAACUGGAAAGAACUUCUCAAAAUUAAAAGUGCUCAUAAGUUGUUAUAUGCUCUUGAAAUUAUUGAAGCACUAGGAAAACCUAACAGAAGAAUAAGGAGAGAGUCAACGGGAAGUUACAGCGAUCUUUAUCCAGAUUCUGAUGAUUCAAGUGAAGAUCAAGUGGAAAAUAGUAAAAAUUCUUGGAGUUGCAAGUUUGUUGCUGCUGGUGGACUUCAACAGUUACUUGAAAUAUUUAAUUCUGCAAUUCUAGAGCCAAAAGAGCAGGAAUCAUGGACUGUGGUAAGUAAAGGUAUUUUUUCAGGUAAUUACAUUUGUUGUCUUAUUUCAUUUCUGUUUCAUUGGCAAAGUAGAUUACACUUAAUUGCAAUAAAGUUGAUUAAGACAUAUAGUAGAAAGUAAAAGUUAUGAUAGAUA